UGAAUCUUUUUAGCAGAGAACAUUCAAAUCUCUGACUGACAAAUUCACAUCAAGAUGGGGAACAUGCAGUGCCCUGCAGAGGAUGCAGCCCUCCUGGCCUCCGUCGCUCGAGAUAUCUGCCCUUUCCCAAACUACAAUCCUAAUCCGAUUUUCAAGAACAUGCUGUCAAUGAAUUCUUCACUUCACCUGAGGAACCACUACGAGGCAGUGCAGUCCUCUUUGACCCCCAAGCAGCUGGACGACUUCACCCAGGGCCUGAGGACCACUUUUGGCAGGGAGGGCAACGUCACUCUUGGCGGGGUGGGGGUAGUGGCCCUGUCUUUGGCUGUGCUGUUUGACACUCUUGCCAGACGGGUCAGGGGAGAGUGGGAGUCAGAAUCAGGGCCCAUUCCAGGUUUAUUUGUCAAAAGCUUGAGAGGGUACUACCCACCGUCUGUCUCCACGGUCAGCGAGUACCUGAGGCUGGUACCCCACAUUGCGAACAACCCCACCAGGAUGAGAGAGGAGUCAGAGAGGUACUUGAAGCAGCUCGGGACUGACAUCCAAUCUGUGGAAAACAGCGAGAUCAAGGACAGCGGUGACAUCACAGGGGUCAACGUCAUGUUUGGGCACUUAUUUGAAAUGAGUUUGCGUAUUCACCUACUCCGUAUUUCCAACUCUUCAGUUGUAGAUGAGAUAACUGAAUCUGUAAAUGUGCUGCAGAAGACAAAAGGAAAACCACUUCCUACAGAAAGCACCGCAAAAACUGGAGUUGAUGAAGCUCAUGUCAGCAAAACCAGAAAGAGACGCAUCCCUCCCCCAGAAAACUCAGUUGUCUUCAGUCUCAACUGCGACCCAGAAGCAGCUAGCAAAGUUUUUUUGGCUGAAGUGCAGAAAUCAAACACGCAAGAAGCUUUUAAACGAUGUCAGCCAUUCAAUAGGCACAUACCAAAGACAUGGUUGCAUUUCAUUGCCAGGCUAGUCUGGCUAGAUGUCGUCAACAGUCCCUCUUUUGAUUUUGACAGACAGAGGGAAUUACUGACAGCUCAAAGAGAAGAUUUUGACCUGAAGGCCAAUGCACUCAAAAAAUGGGCAGAGUAGUUCACUGGUCAACUGUCCAAACGUGCAAGGAAAAAUACUGUUACUGCUUUGUUAUGCUCCUGUUCCUUGUUCUCUGUUGUAUUCCAUCCUUGUGUGUUGUCGCAUGCUUUACUUCCUGUUUUACUCUCAUCUGUCUCUGUGUUCUUUCUGAAGUAAACAUUUGUGUUGAA